AGGGGAACCCCAGCACCCAGCGAAAAUGUCCGACAGAACCCCCUUCGAAACAGAUAUGCUGACGCUCACGCGAUUUGUUAUGGAAAAGGGGCGCCGAGUGAAAGGAGCUACAGGGGAGCUAACGCAGCUGCUCAACUCCAUGCUGACAGCCAUAAAGGCCAUUUCCUCCGCGGUCAGGAAGGCAGGCCUUGCCCACAUGUUUGGCAUUGCUGGCACUAUGAAUGUGACUGGUGAUGAAGUGAAGAAGCUGGAUGUGUUGUCCAACUCCCUGGUGAUCAAUAUGCUCCAGUCAUCCUACAGCACUUGUGUCCUGGUAACGGAGGAGAACAAGGAGGCCAUCAUCACCCCCAAAGACAAGCGGGGGAAAUACGUGGUAUGCUUUGAUCCCCUUGAUGGCUCAUCCAAUAUAGAUUGCUUGGCACCGAUAGGAACAAUAUUUGCUAUCUACAAAAAGGAAACAAAUGAUGAGCCCUCUGAAAAAGAUGCUUUGCAGCCCGGACGCAAUAUUGUUGCUGCAGGAUAUGCCCUGUAUGGCAGCGCUACCCUGGUGGCCCUCUCCACUGGGCAAGGAGUCGACUGCUUCAUGCUCGAUCCGGCUCUCGGGGAAUUUAUUUUGGUGGAUAAAGAUGUCAAAAUCAAGAAGAAAGGGAAGACCUACAGUCUCAACGAAGGUUAUGCCAAGUAUUUUGACCCUGCAAUGACAGAAUAUUUACAAAAGAAGAAAUUCCCUGAGGAUGGCAGUUCCCCAUAUGGUGCCAGGUAUGUGGGCUCCAUGGUAGCUGAUGUUCACCGUACGUUGAUGUAUGGCGGGAUCUUCAUGUACCCAGCGAAUCAGAAGAGUCCUAAAGGAAAGCUCCGGCUUCUCUACGAGUGCAACCCCAUGGCCUUCAUCGUUGAGCAGGCAGGUGGGAUGGCCACUACAGGGACUGAGGCCGUGCUGGAUGUGAAACCCGAGGCUCUUCACCAAAGGGUCCCUUUUAUUCUUGGUUCUCCAGAUGACGUGCAGGAAUACCUCACUUGUGUACAGAAACACCAAAAGAGCAGCUAA